AACUUUCUGUCUGUUUCUGUUCUCGGACGUGGUUGGGGGUUCUGAUCCAUUUCAGAGCUAUCCAUUCUGACAAAAGCAAUUGAAAUAGGGACUCGAGUGAAUUAUAAAUUUCGGGAUGGCGACGGUGGACGAGGUUUUUGAAAGUUGGGAGGACAUGGAAGCCUCCGGGGCUCUCGACCGAAAGUUGAACGAACUUCACGUAAAUCCUCUAGAGGAAUUAGAAGACGUAGAAUCUUCAAGACUUUCAAACAAUCACAAUUCAGGUACGAGGAUGCUAAUUUUAGGAGAGGACGCUUUGCGUUCCCAAUACGUGCCGCCUAAACCAACCGUAAAAAUUCUCAAAAGGCCGUCAAGAAAUUCCCAGGGGGGUGGAGAUUGUCCACUUUUAAAUGGGGAAAAACCAAAGCAACCAAUCAAGUCUCUGAAGCAGAGAGAGCAAGAGUACGCAGAAGCGAGGAAAAGAAUUCUAGGCGAAGAACAAAGCCCGGAGGAGAGACUUGUGCAAGAAGUGAACAAGAUCCAGCCGAAACCAAUAACAAUUUCCAGUAUGAGUAGCGUAUCAAGCAACGUGAUUCGAAUGCCAUUUGGACCGGAUGGAACUCGGGGCUUCAAUUUAAGAAGAUAGCGCGUCAGAUAGGGAUUUUCCCUUUUUUUACCCAAAACUUGAUCCUCUCGAAUUCUCUUCUGACGGAGAGGAGAGGCGGCUAUGAGGCCAACAGCAGCGAUUAAGUUUCGUGCUCCAAAAAAAAAAAAAAGCAAUAAAAAUAAAAAACAACA